AUGCGACUUAAGCUGAUCAUAAAGAUUGGCUUGGAUAGGGGCUCUUUAGGGCUGGGAGUGCAGAUCGAGCCGCAUGCAGACAGACCAGAUGAACAGACUCCUCGGCCUCAUCAAACUGUCUCUUUCCCUUACGGCGGACAGUUCAGCUGCCGACUGUGGAGCGCCGAACUGGCCUGCACUGUCACUUGGCUCCAGUCUCAACCUAUCGGCAUGCUCUGCCACGGUUUACGACUUUUCCGCACCGGCCAGGCACCGCUUCGACUCAAGUCGGCGCCCCUUUCGGAGGCCUUCUGUCCCGUCGAUAUUCAGCACGGGCUCCUGAUGCCAUCCGGACCAUCGAGGAAUGCACACACCUCCGCAGUCAGGCCAUGCAACACGCGAUGA